GGCAACGCUGCCGCUCCCACCCCACGCUCCCGCCCCCGGCGGCGUCUCCGCGGGGCGGGCGCUGCGACGUCCCCAGUACUCAGCGGGGCGCGCCGCGGGCGGGCCGACUCCACUCGGCUUGCUGCGCGCCAUGGCUCGGGACCUGCGUGGCCUCCCUCGCCAGGGCCUCUGGCUACUGCUAGCUCACCACCUCUUCGUGGUCACAGCCUGCCAGGAUGUGGACUACAGCGCACUGCUGCAAGAGUACUGCCUUGCCCCCUUCCAGGUGGACAUGGAGGCUGCUGGGAGGACCGUGUGGUGCGACUGGGGAAAGACCAUGCGGAGCUACGGCCAGCUCACCAACUGCACUGAACAGGUGACAAAGCAUUUGGGCUGUUUCUGGCCCAACGCCGAGGUGGACAAGUUCUUUGUGGCUGUCCACCAGCACUACUUCCGGAGCUGCCCAGUGUCGGGCAGGACCGUGCACGACCCGCCCAGCAGCGUCCUCUGCCCCUUCAUCGUGCUGCCCAUCGUGGUGACCCUGCUCGUGACCGCCCUGGUGGUCUGGAGGAGCAAGCGCACGGAGGGCAUCGUGUAGGCAGCGGCCUGGGCUGCCCGUCAUGCGCAGUGGGGCCAGCCUGGCACAGCUCCCAGAGGCAAAGCAGGCCCAGGUCGCCAGUCCCCCUUCCUGCAGCCAAGAACUCACGGGGCAUUGGCCUCGAAGCCCCCUGGCUGGGCGGGGAAGCCACGCCCAGCCCGACCUCUGGGCGUGUCUCAGCCCCACGUGCUGGCCUGCUGGGCGCUCGCC